AUGCCGAAGCACUACCGCCCCGCGGGCAAGAAGAAGGAGGGGAACGCCGCCAAGUACAUCACCAGGACCAAGGCGGUCAAGUACCUGCAGAUCAGCCUCGCCGUCUUCAGGAAACUAUGCAUUCUCAAGGGAGUGUUUCCCAGGGAGCCCAAGAAGAAGGUGGAGGGGAACCACAAGACCUAUUACCACAUGAAGGACAUCGCCUUCCUUGCCCAUGACCCCUUGAUUGAGAAGUUCAGAGAAAUCAAGGUUCACAGAAAGAAAGUUAAAAAGGCUAUGGCUAAGAAAAACAGGGAUCUGGCGGACAGAUUGUUGAAUCGACCACCAACUUACAAACUUGAUAGACUUAUCAUUGAAAGAUAUCCAUCUUUUGUUGAUGCCCUCAGAGACUUGGAUGAUUGCCUAACGAUGGUGCAUUUAUUCGCGGCUUUACCUGCUAUUGAAGGUGAACGUGUGCAAGUACAACGAAUCCAUAACUGCCGCAGGUUAAGCCAUGAAUGGCAAGCAUAUAUUUCUCGAACUAAUUCCCUGCGGAAGACAUUCAUAUCUGUGAAGGGCAUAUACUACCAGGCUGAAGUUCAAGGGCAAAAGAUCACUUGGCUUACUCCGCAUGCUCUUCAGCAAGUUUUAACUGAUGAUGUCGACUUCAAUGUGAUGCUCACCUUUUUGGAAUUCUACGAGACUCUUCUAGGAUUUGUGAACUUCAAGCUUUACCAUUCCAUAAAUGUGAACUAUCCGCCUAUUCUGGAUCCUCGUCUAGAAGCUUUGGCUGCUGAGCUCUAUGCAUUGUCCCGGUAUAUGUCUUCUGGAAGACUGCCGGGAAAUCCAGAGUCUAAUGGGCUUAUUGAAGACAAAGAGACUGAAAAUAAUAAAGAGAGCUCAAAAACUGACGAGUCUGAGCUCAGAUUGGCACAGCUUCAACAUCAGCUACCUGCUAAUGAACCUGGUGCGUUAAUGCAUCUUGUAGAAGAAUCAACUGCUGAUGAUACAGAAGAGGAAAGCGUUAAAGAGUGCAGGACUUUAUUCAAAGAUCUGAAGUUCUACUUAAGUCGUGAGGUUCCCAGGGAGUCUCUCUUGUUUAUAAUUCCGGCAUUUGGAGGAACUGUUUCGUGGGAAGGAGAAGGAGCUCCAUUUGAUGAAACAGAUCAAGAUAUCACCCAUCAGAUUGUUGACAGGCCAACCCAGAGCCAUGUUUUCCUCUCCAGGCAUUAUGUUCAACCACAAUGGAUUUUUGAUUGCGUAAACAUUCUCAAAGUAAUUCCCACAGAUGACUAUAUUGUUGGAAGGGUGCCUCCACCACAUAUAUCUCCUUUUGUGGACAACGAUAAAGAGGGUCAUAUACCUGACUAUGCAGUGACCUUGGAGGGAUAUAAAUCUGCUGGUCAAAACCAAGUUAUGCCUCUGCCAGGUUUAGGUGAUGAAGAUCUGGGCAAUUCGAUAGUAGAGGCAAAAUCUGAGCAUAAUGAAUUUGCUAAAAAGAAGAAGGAGUUGGAGAUGCAAGAGAAGAAAUACCACGAGGAGCUGAAGAUGGAAAUCGAGGGAACUACUUUCUCUAAUUUGUCAAAUAAGAAGGCUGAUAGCGCAGCCGAUGUUACUGAUGAAGAUGAUGAGACCCAGGCAGCUAUGGAACAAGCUGAGAAGGAUGCUGACGACAUUGCCAAGUCUGUCGUUUCCAGGAAGAAGAGAGGCCUUAUGGAAGCAAUGAAGAUUAGCAAUGAUAGGAAGAAGAGCAAAGUGGAGCUGCUCAAGCAAAGGAAGAAGGCGGCCGAGUCCAGUGCUUCUGCUAAAGCUAAACGUCGCUGA